CACAAUUGUUGCGCUCCGCUGCUUUACAUAAUGAGGUGUGCAUUUGCUUAAAACAGAGACACCAUUUCGCAAUUCAAAGCUUCAAACACCUAACCUUCCCAAGCUCCUACACGUACAAGGAGCACCUAUCUUACCAGUAUCACUUGUUCAAAACUUUUGCUCUUUUUCUUUGAAAACCAUCAGACAAGAUUACAAAUUUCUCACUCACACUUUUUCUUUGUCAAUUCCGCCUCUGUCUUCUCUUCCAUCUUUUUACAUAUAAUGCAUACCCUUCUUUGCAUGCUCCUCUCCAUCUCCUCCCACUCUCAGCCAUGAAUUCCUCCCCCGCUGCCCCCGCCAACAUCACCACUACUACAGUUUCCACCCUUUACAACCGCAAAAACAUCAAGGUCACCCCCGUUAACGGCUUUGACAUGGUCAAGAAGUUUGAUAAUAGUAAUGGCGUACUCCAUGUUGUUUAUAGGUUUGACCCUUCCUUCUUGAAAUGGACGGCGCAAGAUGUGGUCCAUGUAGCUAAACGUCAUUGGGUACCGUGCCUUUUUGGACUUGGGUUGCUGUUUUUUAUAGGCGUGGAAUACACGCUUCGCAUGGUUCCAGCUUCAUCUCCGCCGUUUGACUUGGGGUUUGCUGCCACGCGCCUCCUCCACCGGUUGCUUUCCUCCUGGCCGGAACUCAACACUUUGCUCGCUGCUCUUAAUACGGUGUUUGUGGGUAUGCAAACAGCAUAUAUACUGUGGACAUGGCUAAUAGAGGGCAGGCCAAGAGCAACAAUCUCUGCUCUGUUCUUGUUCACUUGCCGAGGGAUUCUUGGCUACUCCACUCAGCUUCCAGUUCCUGAGGGAUUUCUAGGCUCAGGAGUGGACUCCCCAGUAGGGAAUGUGUCUUUCUUCCUCUUUUUCUCAGGCCACGUUGCUGGUUCUGUGAUCUCAUCGCUGGAUAUGAGAAGAAUGGAGAGGUGGGAAUUGGCAUGGACAUUUGAUGUGCUUAAUGUUCUGCAAUCUGUAAGGCUGCUUGGCACUAGGGGUCACUAUACCAUUGAUUUAGCUGCUGGUGUGGGUGCUGGUUUUCUAUUUGAUUCACUUGCUGGUAAAUAUGUAGAGUGCAAGAGAAAGAAGGCCAUUACUUAUAAACAUAAUUUUGAAAGAUCAAGAGACUUGUAUAAAGAAUAGAAGGGCUUACAUGGUUUAGUCUCUGCUCUUUCUUUCUUUCCAAGUUCUGGUUAGUUACUCUUUAUGAUGAUUGAUGGGGUAUAAUCCAAAGAAGAAGGAACCAGAAAGAAUCAUUAGAAUCAAAAUUAAGGUUGGAUAGUUAUGGCAGUUGGUGGUGGCCGUGGAAGAUGGGAACUUUGGAGACAAGUAACCAUGAACCAUGUGGUGGGUUGGUACCUGUCUUAAGUGCACUUACCUGAAUGAACACUGUUAAACGA